AGAAAGUAAACUGUGAAACAAUGUACUGGGCUUGGGUGUCAGACGAUCACUAGACACAAGAAAAAGAUACAAACUGUUUUAACAGGGAACCAGUAUAGCUUGGGUGUCAAUCCCUGAUGAGAGAUCGGCUUGGAUGACACUCAAAACUGACCAAUCAUUUGUCAUCUCUAGAAAGUGAAGUUGAGUCAAAGAUUGAACCUAAAUAUGAGAGGAGAUUGUCCACAGAAUCAGAAACUUCUCUCUUUUGGAGGUAAAGACACAUCAAGAACUAAUAGCAAGAUAUUGACUGUCAUAUAGAACCAAAUUGAAAAAUAAUUUAUAAGGAAGGAAGACGUUAAAGAUGACGCAAGAACCUGUUCAUAACCUCAAAAUGAAUGAAAACAUCACAAGAGAACUACUUCACGAAGGAAACAGUCAAAGUCUUAUUCACGAUCAUAAUUCGCAAUAUUACCCAUGUGAAGAUUGUGAGAGGGUAUUCUCUUCGCCCGGCGGACUGAAGCAACACCAACAUACGCAUAAAUCGGUGAAACCAUUCCAAUGUGAUGUAUGCCAGAAGUCGUAUACACAGUUUUCAAACUUAUGCCGUCAUAAACGGAUGCAUUUAGAAUGUCAGCAAAAACUUCAAUGCUUUCAGUGUAAUAUGACAUUUACGAACCUCUCUUCACUUUCCAGACAUCGACAACAUUGCGCUGCGAAUUCAAACAAGUUAACACCGUGCAGCAAUCGUAGUACAUUAGCAGUAGAUGCCGAAUUAAGACCUGAUAGCUUUAGUAAGACGAAAGUAGCUUAUCCGGUACCGUUUUACCCGCUACCAACUUUACCAAUGCAUUUAAGUCCAAUUUCCAAGAACCACUCCGUACCUAGCAACGAAGCAAUGUUCAAUCAUCACAUGCAAUACCAAAGACACUUCCAAUACUAUGGACGACCAAGCUCAACAGGAAGCGAAGAGAGGUCGCUUGAUAGUUCGGGGAUUGUAUCCGACAGAAGUGCAACACCAAACAGCAUGGCCAGUGACAAGACUGAAACCGAGUUUAAUAGAAGCACUUCUUCUAGCAUUCUAGACGAUAAAGAAUUCAAAUCAUGUACAAGACUGAUUUCUCCAUUAAGUUCAUCCAGUGACGAACGUCUAGUUAUAGACGAACAUUUCAGACGAAGUGAUUCUCCGGAAGUUGAUGUUGAACAUUUGUCUGAUGAGGAUAAGUCAAAUAACCAAGCAGAAAUGUUAUGUCAAAGCAGACAGCUAUCCCAAGAUAAUGGACCGUAUGAUUUGUCCAUACGAAAGGAAUCUCCAGAUAAUUUAUACAUAAUCAAAUCAGGCAGUUAUGAUUUACCAAUGGACUUAUCAGUCAGUAAAAAACCACAAAACGAAAGCAGAAAAACACACAUUUUCGGACCACCAAAGUCUUUUCCAAUAUUUGCACAUUUGGAUCAUUUUACCGCCAACACACAUUUCAUUCAGAAUAUGGCGAAUAUGGUGGCCAUUCAGAAGAUGAUGAUGGAAAAUACGGUUAAGCCUUCUGUCGACAAUUUCAUGGGACAUAUGAUACAGACUGAAGUGAAAAACCAGAGAUUAGUCUCUUCGCCAAACGAGAAAAUUGACAAGCCGAAAAGACAACUUUCUCCUCAAGAAAGAUACACUUGUAAAUUUUGCAACAGAAUGUUUCCACGAGCAGCAAAUUUGAAUAGACAUUUGCGCACGCAUACCGGUGAACGUCCAUACAAAUGUAAGUCCUGUGACCGAUCAUUCAGCAUCUCAUCUAACCUUCAACGUCAUGUAAAGAACAUUCACAAUAAGGAGAAACCGUUCCAGUGCACACAAUGUGAUCGUACAUUCGGUCAACAGACGAAUUUAGAUCGACAUAUGUAUAUUCAUAUGGAAAACAGCAUGGAUACAAACAGACGUCUAAGCACACCUGAUUUUACUCAUGUAAAAGAAAGUCAAGGAAGCAGAGAUUGCCCAUUUAGCUCGGAAAAUGCAUCUCUGUCAUUCAAGCCUUAUGAAGAAAAGCUUUCACUUAGACCUGAAUACAUUGAAAAAGACGAUAGCCAAAAUUCCAAGAAGAGAUCAAGGACUGGUGAUAUUGACACUGAUGAUGAAAUGCAACCUUCAGAAAAAAGAUUAUGUGUAAAUUAACAGUAUUAUUGACUACAAAACUGUUCGGUGCAACUUUGGAAUUUUUAUGAAAAAACUGUCUUCAUGAAAUUAAUAUUUUUGAAUUUUUUUAUUCGUUAUUGAAAUCGUAUUUAAUUUUAUUUAUUAUAUGUACAUAAACUUUUACAAUGAGA